CCCGUAGCUAUGGUGAUUAGUAUCAAAAUGGCCGUGAAGUUAAAGUUAUCGUGAAUUUAAUAAUGGAUGAUACCAAUAAAAUCAGUCAGUGUCACGUACAGUUAAAGACAACAGCAGUUAAACACAGAACCAAUUUUUCACCCUCACUGCCACAUUUGUUAACUGAAUAUGGCUUUCAAGAUAAGGAAGCUGAGAGACUUAAAAAGGUUUAGUUUUCAAGAUCAAUUUUCUGAAAAGUUUUCAAUCAUUAAUGAAUUAUUUCAUGACUUCGGGCUCGGCUCAUUAUGAGCCUCAUAGUCAUAGUAUAUUUAAUUAUUAUGGUCAAUUUUGGGGCAAUAUAUUCAAACUUAUUGGAAUUUGGAAUGAUAUCGGCUAUCUUAAAAUAUUGGUAUACACUGCAUUUGCAUUAAGUGAUAAUUCCGGAACAUGCUAGAUCUAGUUGUUAAAAAAACUUUUCUUUUAAAUUUAAAUGUGCAAGUGUAAGUAUAGUGAUAUAGCCUGUGGCUGUGAUGACGUGUAUUUCUUAUAAUGUAAAUAAGCCUAUAUGUAAGGUUAUGUUGUUUUAAAGUACCUUGGACAAGCUGGUGCUGUGUAUUAAUUUAAUAAUCAACUCAUAAUAUAUAUUUAAUAUUAUUUAAGUUUAAGCAACACUUUCACUUAGACUUUUCUUUAUAGUGUAGGCCUAUUUAUUAUAAAUUAAUCAUUUCAUUAUUAUUUUUAAUUUUAUUAAAAUUAAAUAAUACUAAUACUAUAUAGCCCUUGAUCUCCACUCAGUGGUAUGAGAAGUGGGUGGGUGGGGCUGGAGGGAGGGUCCCAGUUACACUUUGUUCUUUAUAUAAGAAUGGGCUGCAUUUUCUGUGAAAAAGAAUGAACUCUUAAUUUAAAUUUACUAUUGAUUACCACGAGGGGUCGCAAUCCAGGAUCCCGACUCUCGAAAAUACCGGAAUUCUGGACCAUGAUUGAUGCUUGAAAAAACCGGGAUUGGAUUUAUGAAAACCGGGAUUUUCAAUAAUCCCGGGAUUUAAUGUUCAAAAAAAUAUUUAUCGCUUUUCUUAGUUUCUAUGUCGUAGUUCAAGCAAGACAUAUCAAUAAUUUAUGUGAUGUGAAAGUGCUAACCCCCCACACCAUGUGUAUCAAGUUGAAAGAGAGCUGACUGACGGGCUAAACCUGUGUACUGUUCAUUUGUCAACAAACACGCAUUGUGAUUAGUUUUGUUUCUACAUAGUACAUUUGUAGUGCGUGUGUAGUUUGUAAGCGGAAACGUGACUCGCGACGUUAUGGUACAUGAUUGGAAAGUAAAUGUUUUUAUAUUAUUAACAAAUAAAUGGAAUAGUCGAAUGAAGAUAGAAUGUUGACUUACAUUAACAAUUUGUUUGUAACAUGAAAUAUAUGGAAAGAAUAGCACGCUGCAUUCGAAUCAAGGGGUAAACUUUUAAUAACAAAAAUGUUUGAUUGCUUGAUUUCCUUUAAUUAUGCUAUAGUAUCUACAUAUUUAAAACUAUGAGUAAAGCCGUAUUUGGAUAAUCAAAUACCUUAAAUUAAGACUUAGAAAAAGUAUGUUGCUACUAAUUUUGUGAAAACAAUAUUAAUAAUUCACAUUCACCUCAUAAUUGAUUUUCUAGCUAUUUUGUCACAGGGUGAAAGUCCCCGUUUGUCUGUACCAUACUUAGCCAAACAGUUACAUGAAAAUUUAAACAUUUUUUAAAAAGUUGUUCAUGUCAAACCAAAUAGAUUUAAUAAAUAUUUUUUUUUUAAUGAUUUAUUUUCCCUUCAUGUUGAUAGAAAGAAAUGGGGGACACUGAAUAAAAUAAACCAAAAUAUGAAAAGCGUAUGAUUUUCCCUUCAUGUUGAUAGAAAGAAAUGGGGGACACUGAAUAAAAUAAACCAAAAUAUGAAAAGCGUAUGAAACUAUUGGAAGCAAAGACAUCAUUUUGGUAUUGUGGAGUCUGAGCGGAAGUUCUCGUCAUCUGGUUAUUUUUGUUACCAUUUGCCCUAAAAAUUUAGCGAUCAAACAUUAGACAUGUUGUUAUUUUUACGAUCUCAUUAUUUAAAUUUGACCAAAGAUUAAAAGUACACAAAUUAUUGUAACAUUUGAUAAUGUCUGAAGUUAGACAUUUGUUAUUGUUAAAAAAUUAUUAAAAACUAAAUUGCUAUUUCUUUUUUAUUUUUUUUAUUCUUUUUAAUAAAGCAUCACCUCUAAUCUCAACAAAAAAUUCUCUAAAUAUUGACAAUAUCGAAAAUAUCGGGAUUUUGGUAUUCGUAAACUUCAAUAUCGAAAAUACCGGUUUUGGUAAAAGGGACCGGUUUUGCGACCCCUAAUUACCACUCAAUAUUAUGACUAUGAAAUAUUGGAACUAUAGUUGGUUAAAUUCUAUAUAGUGUAUUAGUUUUUUUAUGCUGACCCAGUUAAAUUGACAUAUUAGGUAGAAAAAAGAAGCAAAAUAGAAAAAAAAACUGGUCAUGAACUAGGACAUGGUCAUUAAAGGCAAAACUUGAGAAAUUUUUUCUGUUGACUUAAAAUAACAAGCCCACUGCUGGCCUACGUGAUAGCUGGAAUAUGUGACAGCUGGAAUAAUAUAGGCUUACACAAAAUAUUAAAGAAAAUUAUGCUUUAGAAUUCCUCUGCAUGCAGAAGUUAGGACCCAUGAGAAGCCACCAUUUAAUAAAUUUAACUUCAGAUGCUGCCAUUGUGAUUUAUAUGCAUAUUAGUGUCAGUACAGGUUAUUAUUAGUCUAUGUUCAAUAAAUCUCUAUAAUAUUUUGAUCACAAAUUCAAUGCUUUGAUUUUAUGCCUCUCCUUGGUAUCUAUCUAUAUUUAAAUAUAAAUAUAAAUAUAUAUAUAUAAAAAUAUCUUCUUCUAUAUAUUAAGGGCCCACAAUCAAUUUAUUGUUCAUUUUGGCUCAUCUGCAUGUAGAGGAGAUUUGCAAUGUUUCUGUGCCUGGUGUUGAUGAGGACAUUUCAAUGAUUUCCAGUGCCACUUUGUGAGGGAAUCAUGCACUGGGAUUUGAAGGCUUGAGGCAAUAGACAAAAAAUGAGUCUAGUGUUGUCGCCUCAACUGUUCCUUUUGAAAACUUGUUCCAGUUCCUAUACUGGCUUCUUGCUGGUAUGAGCCUGAAUUGCCUGUCAUGGCCUCGUCGCUGUCUAUGGGGGAGAGGGACGAGUUUCUGUAUAAUACUGGAACAGUGGACCAGCCCAUUAUUUAUCUUGUACAUCAUGGAGAGCCUGGAUUGUCGUCGUCGUUCCUCCAAUGGUGACCAGCCCUAGUGUUUCCAACAUGCUGCCAACACUAGAGGUAUUCCUGUAGCCGCUUAGGACAAAGCAUGCUGCUCGUCGCUCGACCGCCUCCAACCUGUCAAUGCUCUUCUGGGUAAAUGGGUCCCAGACUGAAGAUGCAUAAUCUAAAACCGGACAGACAAAGGCUUUAUAUGCUCUUUCUUUCACACAGGAGUUGCCAAUCUUUAGAUUACGCCUUAAGAACCCCAGGGUCUUGUUUGCUUGGUCACAUACAUUGUUAAUAUGCUCGUCUCAGCGGACCUCUCUUUGAAUGGUAACACCCAGGUACUUUACGGAGGAAACUGGGUCAAGUAUAUGGCCGUGCAUUUCGUAUUGGUAGUGUAGAGGAGAACACCUUCUAGAAACUGAUAAUGUCUGGCACUUGGCAGGGUGAAAUUCCAUGUCCCAGCUCAUCUCCCACUCAGCUAACAGAUUGAGAUCCUGUUGUAGCUGGUCGUGGUUAGAGCUGUUGGCGAUCGUCCUAUAUACUGCUGUGUCAUCUGCGAACAGUCUUGCUUGGGAUGUCAGUUUCUCUGGUAGAUCAUUAAUGUAUGCUAGGAACAAACAGGGGCCUAGCACUGAUCCCUGGGGGACCCCUGACUUCACAUCGACAAAGGAGGAGCUUGUACCGUCCACCACUACUGCUUGGCAUCGGUGGCUGAGGAAGCUAGAGAUCCAUGUUUUAGUGGUGCCUUGGAUCCCAUAUCUCUGGAGUUUGUGUAGAAGCAAACUAUGAUUCACAUGGUCAAAUGCCUUUGCGAAGUCCAUCACCAGCACGUCAGUCUGCUUGUGGUUCUCCAGAUUUGUCAUCAAGUCUUCUACAAAUUCAAGAAGCUGGGUCUCACAUGAUCUAUUGGCUCGGAAGCCAUGUUGACAAUCAUUGAGUAUAUUUUGGCUUUCAAGAUGCAUCAUGACUGUGCUUACGAUUAUGUGCUCCAACAAUUUGCAGACCAUGCUGGUGAGGGAUAUCGGACGAUAGUUGGCAGGGUCGGAAUGCUCCCCUUUCUUGUAGAUUUGAGUGACAUGCGCUGUUCUCAAGUCUGCUGGAACAUUUCCUGUGCUCAGCGACGAUUGUAAGAGGAUUGUCAAUGCAGGAGCGAUUUCUUUGGCCAAUUCGUUGAGCACUCGUGGUUUGAUGUUGUCAGGACCACAUGCUUAAGGGUUUUGAGGAGGGCAAGCACACCCUGUUCUGAUAUCUGGAUAUCUUCCAUGACAGGGUAGGCUCUGUUCAUCAUUUUGGUCUUCAGAAGGAACUCAGCCUCCGAGUGCUCUCUACCGUCACCAAAGACCGACUGGAACUGCUGAUUGAGUAUGUCAGCCUGUGCUUUUGGGUCAGAUGUCAAUUGGCCAUCCCACCUCGGGGGGGGGGGGAACUCCAGCGUUUGAGGACUUUUGGUGCUUCAAAUAGCUCCAGAAACGCUUAUUCUUGACAUCUUUGGUCGGGGUGUCUUCCUCUGAGAAGAUACCGUUCAUGUAGUUCCAAUAUGAUCUGCGCAAUAAGCGUUGAAUGGAUCGGCGGAGCCUAAGUACCUACCCUCUCAGUUCAAUCGAGCCAUGUUUCUUCAUUCGUUUGUAUUGGCGGUCUCUCCUAUGGUUGAGCCUACGGAUUUUAGCCGUGACCCAUGGCUGAUUUAUCUUAGGUUUGGUGAUCUUGUGUGGUAUGAAUUUCUUCACUGCAUCAGUGAUUGUUGUCUUUAACUUCACCCACAGCUCUUCUGUUGUCGCUGAACCCUGAAUCCCCUGCAUGUUUGAGCUCAGCUCUGUCGUUGCAAUCCUUAGGUCAUUCCAGUCUGCCUUGGCAUAAAUUGGGAUUUCGCAUAUGAUCUGUUUCUUUUUUAGUGUGUUGACCUGAAAUUCACAAUAUGGAAUGCAGUGGUUCGAUAUCCCGGGGAUGACCUCAACUUUUGGGACACGAUGUGGACAAUUGGGGAGGAAUAGGUCAAGAGUGUUUUCCCCCCUCGUGGGUUCUUUAACCAGCUGUUCCAGACCAUGGUUAUUAAUUAUCUCCAUGAAUUCUGAGUGUAGAACAGGGUAUGGGGACUUGGGCUUCAAGGCAGGAAUCUGCCAGUUUCAACCAGGAAAGUUAAAAUACCCCCCCCCCCCUUUUUUUAUAAGGAGAAAAGCGUUAUUUGACUGUGUUAAUCUGUGAAGCGAUACCCCGUACCUCCUCAGGCUUGGUUCAUCUGCUGUGUUGGGUCGGUAAUAGGCACAAACGUAAAGUGUGCGUCUACCCUUUAGUUUUAAUUUCACCCACAGGAUCUCGCAGUCGUCAACAUCUAGUUCUGGAACAGCGUGGCAGUCCAGGUUGUGAUGGACAGCAACAAGCACUCCUCCUCCUCUGUCUUUUCUGUCGACGAAAUAAUUUGUACAUAUCCGGUACAACCUCUGCGUUUGCUAUGGAGGGAUUCAGCCAUGUUUCUGUGCCCAAGAUGAUGUCGGGUUUUAGGCUGUUAAUUAGGUUUGCUAUUUCUACUCUCUUACCACUCGCAGACUGGAAGUGUACAUUUAAUAUGCGCAAUGGCCUGUGUCUCCAUUUAACUUGCUGACUGCAACGCAUAGGAAUAGAGCAGUGUGGUGGUUGAAAACUUCGGAUGUCCAUUGGUGUGGAGCUUGAGGGAUUCAGAGAGAAAUCUAGGAAGGUAGAGUCUGUCCCUCCACUAUGUGGGUCAAACACAGAUUGGCUAAUCUGGCAACAGCAGACAGUACAGUACCACGGCACUUCAGAAUUUUUAGCAUGUUGGUUGUAAUUAGAUGUGUCGAUACUUUGGCAUUGACCAUGGAACCAUUGCCCACAUUGUUCACAUUAUUUAAUAUAUAUAUAUAUAUAUAUUUAUUAAAUCCUGUUUAUCACAGUAAGCAUAUCAGCACCUUUAGCAAGUAAUAUUUACUAAUGAAGAAGUUUAAAAUUUGACAAAAAUUAAUUAAUUUAUUAGUUUUUUAAUUCUUUAAAUAAAGUAUUAUUAAAUCACAUUACUAUUUAGUAAUAAUUAAAAAAAUUUUAAAAUCCAUGGCAUUGCUGUGUAAAUUACCACUCUACCAACUUUCGGUUAUGCACCAAAAUGAGGUAAUGUAUUUUACACAAAUUAUUUUUUGAGCUGGAUAGGCUCAGUGAGCACCACCCACCCAGCCCCCACUUUGGCUUGGGGAGCCCUUAAAUUUCUAUCUCCCCUUACCCCCAUGUCUGUUCCAGGGCGAUUUAGUGCAUAUGACAGGGAAAGUGCUAUAUCAAGGUUCAUAAUUACCAGGUUUCACUGUGUGAAAACCACUCUCUCUCUAUAUAUAUAUAUAUAAUAUAUAUUUAUGUUGUCGGGGGGGGGGGUUCAAAGAAAGAUACCUGCUACCACAUUGUCUCACUAGGCCCCUGGCUCCACUUAUUCACUUGCUGCAGACAGAGAUUCCAUCUUCCCACUCAAAGUUCUGAAAUCCAUAUAUAAUAUAUAUUUAUGUUGUCGGGGGGGGGGGGUUCAAAGAAAGAUACCUGCUACCACAUUGUCUCACUAGGCCCCUGGCUCCACUUAUUCACUUGCUGCAGACAGAGAUUCCAUCUUCCCACUCAAAGUUCUGAAAUCCAACCAAAUUCACAAUCCACUACAAAAAGGUUUUUGAUUUGACAGUUUCUAAUGACUAAUCUAUUAUAAAAGUUUUCUUUCUUUGCUAUGAAAUUGUUUUCAUACAAUUGUGGUACGGAUUCAUGAUGAAAGUGUGUAUGCAAUAAAUAUGUUAAAAGCAUUGUCAUUGAUUUCUACAUAUAUGUAUAUAAUAUCUUUGGAUAAUUGGAGUUUUUUAAUGUAAUGAUUUUCUAUGGAUAUCCAGUUAGCUGGAGGACCUGGGGAAAUUAUUACCAUCAAACAACUUAUUUAUUAGAUCUUUUAAAUUUAAAUCAGACAUCAAAAUAUAUAGUAAAAGAUUUCAAAUUCACUAAUACUUUCAAACUUAUUUAUGUUCUAGGCAAAAGAAGAUGAGAAAAGGCGACGCAGGGCUGCCAAAAUGCAAAAACCCGACAGUUUUGAUGAAUUUGAAGAAGAAAGAAUUAUGGCAAAAGAAAAGGAAAGAGAUGAGGUAAGGAAGGUCUACUCAAUACGCCUUGUAGAAUAAGAUUAAUGAGACACAAACAAUGUGUUUAAAUUAAACCAUAAUUGUUGAGCCUUAAUUAUGAUUAGACAAAAUACAAUUUCAUAUGUUUCGGCUUAAGGAACAAAAAAAACCAUUAAUAUAAUUAUAAAUUAAAUUUACGUUAAUGUAUGUUUAUCCUAACUAUACUUUAAAAAAAUAGAGAGACAAGAAAAGAGUGAGAAUGGGUAGGCCUGCAAGUGCCUAACAACAAAAAAAAAGAUCAGAAGAACGUAAAGAAAGUGGGUGGAAUUACAAUAACAAAGUCCAAGCAUGAAAAAGUCAUUGCAGCUAUGUAAAAUUGUGAAUUUGGUUUAAACCAUAUAGAGUCAACGUACCAAAUCUAUUUAUUAAUUUGUUUUCCAUAUAAAUUCUAUCAGGUGUAUUACUUGCAUGCAAUACAGCAGUAACUGCAAUGUCUAAUAUUCCAUUAUGGUUAGCACUUUUGAAAUGUUUAGAAAAUUGGACAAAGAUCUUAUUUAUUGGUGUUGUAAAGUUGCUCUCUUAAAUGGUCUCCAAGGUGAUGACUGUUCUCCCCUACAUAAGAUUUUCUACACUUUUUACAAAGGAUGGUUUAAAUCACAUUUUGACUUGUGCAAGUAAAACCCUCUUUGAUUUUGAAUAUUUGCAGAGGGAAGUGAUCUUAUCAACUUCAUUCACUUAAGGACAUGUGUUACAGCCACUUCGGUUGCAGCAUUUGGUGGCUAUAUCAACUUUAAUGUGGCUUCUAACAGGCAUUUAACUAAGGCUCUUGUCCCUCCAGAAAGCAACAAGAGGAGUUUUUUUGUUGAAAAUCUAAUUAUUAACAAGAUCUACCAUAAGAAUGGACUGGUUGUUAAAAACUAGAUAAUGAGCCAUAAGGUUGUGGGGAUGAAAUGUUAUAAUGAAUUUAGACCUAUCAUAAUUUUCAAAAUGGGUUUAUUUAAAUGAAUUAUGCCUGGUCAUACCUUUAAUUGCAGUGACAGAUUUUGGCUCAGGAUAUAAUCUGUGCCAGAAGAAAAUCCCACAUUUCCAUCAUCCUUUCCCAAAAAAUCUGAAUCAUUGCUGCACAAAACUUUCUUAGUCUAAGCUAUUGAGAAAAGGGAAUGGAAUUUUUACAUGACAGAGGAUGGGACGUUGAGUGUAGCAGGAAACUGUGACUGUCUGUUUUAUAAUAAAUUGAUGUAGAUAUUAUUUUCUUGUUUAAGUUAAUUUUAAAGUCUAAAAAAAACGGACACAACUUUUAUGGAGUGUUGAAGUUGAAGUAAGAUUGAUUGAUGGAUGGAAAUCCUCAAUGAAGUCCAGAAAACCUUGCAAUUGCAUUGUAUCCAUGCAAUUAUUAACAUAUCUAUUGUAGCAUUUAAAGAAAGGACCCUUGUAGUUUUCUCUCCACUGAUGUUCCAAAUGGCUGAUGAAUAAACAUGCAUAACAUGGUAUCAUUUUCAUUCACAUUGCAACACCACUGAUCUGAUAAUAAAAUUUGCCAAUAAAUUCUAACGAGUUAAGUUGUAAAAUCAGCUCUGAGUUAAGUUGUAAAAUCAGCUCUACCAAACAUGCAAUUGCACUUUUAGGAUACUUAGAGUUAGGAUUCUUAUUCAGAAAAAAAUGAAAUAGCGGUAAGUCAUUCAGUGUGAGGAAUUGACAUGGAAAAUGAAUAAUAAUAAUAUCCUGAUGUUGUUUACAUUGGGAAACUCUUUGCCCUUCCUGUUUUGAUUAGUUUGAUUUAUGAAGUAUAGUUUGGCAAAUAUUUUGUUAUUUGAUUUGUACAGUAAUGUACCCAAAAAAAUUUAUGGUUAAUUAAAUUAGUGAUUGAGAGGCUUCCUUACAUAAAUUUUAUCAUCAACACUAUUUUUUUUAUCAUGACUGCCCUACAAUUGUAUUUUUAGUCAUCUUAUAGCUAAAAAUAAAAACAGUAUUUUAAAAAAUUUAUUUUUACUUGAGUUAUUUUUUUUAAAAACCCAUUGACUUAAUAGGGAUUUAAUUUUUUUUUUAUCACAGCAAUGUUUGCAGUUUGUCAAGGAUGUAUACAGAUUACGAGAUUACUAUUACAAAGAGUACAACAGCCUCUUGUCUGAAAAAGUUGAAGGACAGAGAAAAAAACUGAAAGAAAUUGAUGACCAUUUUAAGAAAGAAAGAGAAAUAAAAGAGGAAAUAGAGGUACAACCUCAAAAUUUAUUAAUAUAGCUGAUAUUUUCUUUUUUUUAAAUUAAAAAAAUUAAAGUGAAUAAUAAUAAUAAGUGAGGCUGUGUAAUAUGAAUCCCCAAAUUAUAAUAUGUUUUAAAAUGAUUUAUUUUGUUUAAAGAAAAAUGUAUGAAAAUAUUUUAACAUCCUACAAUCGAAUGGCAAUCAGUUAAAUUGUCCAAUAAUAUACUGGUAUUUCAUGAAUAGUUAAUUAAAUUAGAUUUUAUAUAAAUUUGAAUAAUUGUUAGUUAUUUCAUUGCUGUUUCUUUCUAUUUAAAUAUUUUAAAUUUUGUUAAGAGGAAAGAAAGUCACAAAGUUAAACCAAGAUUGAAGCGUCACACACUUGACAAGACUCCACAAGCCAUUCAUGUUCCCAAAACAGAUCUGUACAUGGUAUGUCCUAAAGAACUUCUUUCCAGAUGUUAUUAAAACUGCUUAUAUUAUAUAUCAACAUGAAAUCCUUUUUAUGUGAACAUAAAGAUUCAACAUCUUUGGGAUCUUCUUCUUCUAUAUCUUAAGGGCCCACGAUCAAUUUAUUGAUCAUUUUGGCUCCUAUGCAUGUAGAUGGGAUUUGCAAUGUUUCUGUUCCUGUUGUUGAUGAGGAAAUUUCACUGAUUUCCAGUGCCAAUUUGUGAGGGAAUCAUUCACUAGGGGUUUGAAGGCUUGAGGCAAUAGACACAAAUGUAUCUAAUGUUGUUGCCUCAACCGUUCCUUUUGAAAGAUUGUUCCAGUCCCUGAUUGUCUUGGGCAGAAAUGAUAAGCUCCUAUACUGGCUUCUUGCUAGUAUGAGCCUGAAUUGCCUGUCAUGGCCUCAUCGCUGUCUAUUGGGGAGAGGGACGAGUUUCUGUUUAAUACUGGAACAGUGGACCAGCCCAUUAUUUAUCUUGUACAUCAUGGAGAGCCUGGAUUGUCAUCGUCGUUCCUCCAAUGGUGAUCAGCCUAGUGUUUCCACCAUGCUGCCAACACUAGAGGUAUUCCUGUAGCCGCUUAGGACAAAGCAUGCUGCUCGUCGCUGGACCACCUCCAACCUGUCAACGCUCUUCUGGUUAUCAUAAUAUUCUUGUGAUAAAAUUUGUAGUCAUUUAAAUCUGGAUAAGUAAAUCAGGUUUGGGAAAAUUAAAUUGAACUAAUUGGUACUGUUUGUGUUUCUGUCUGCCGUGCGAAACAUUUGAAUAUUCUCUUGAAUACAUUUCACAUGAUUUUUUUUUUAAACUUUUUUUUUUAAAUGAUAAAUGAAAAAAAAUCUCAACAACAUUUUUUCUUUCUUUUACAAUUCAAUUUCAGAAAAUUAGCUGACAAGAGUUAAUUUGUUUUCAUUGCUAGUGGUAGUGAAAGUGUAUGAUGACUCAUGGGAACAAUUAAUUUUUUCAGAUCAUAGGACUAGAAAACAAACUGCGUAGGGAAGGCAAACUUAAAACUGUAAUGGAUUACAAUAAGUUUCGAGCAGAAAUUGAGAGGCCUGAAGUCUUUUAUUCCAACUUCAAAGUGCGCAAGAAUAUGGGUAUGGGUAUUUUAAAUGUUAGAAUAUCUGAACAUUUAUUUGUUAGCUAAUCGGAGAUAAAAUGAAGGUAAUUAUAUUUGCUUUUUUCGGAUUCCCCCAAAUAUCAAUACUUUUAAAAAUAAAUUUUCUAAAAUUUAUUUAACAACUCAGCAAGAAACUUGACAAAUGAAUAGGGAAAAGCUAGAAUUUACAUUCCAUUAAGCUUAAGCAUUGACUGUAAUAUCUGAUAUUUAAAAAAACUGGAUGUGUGGAACAGUCAUGUUUGUACUUGUAAUAAAAACAUGUUUACAUCAGUUAUACUUCGUUCACUUGCAGAUUUCAACCAAUAUCCAAGUUCACUACAGGAUCAUCAAUCAAGCUACAGCCAAGGAGAAUCAAAUGACAGUUUACAUUCUCUUGAACAGAAACCUGGGCAGAAGGGAGCCCAUGAGGAGUGGUCAUUGGGUCGAAUAUCUGAGUCACAGGAGUCCAGUCGUCCGGAAACACAACCAGAAAACUGGGCUGUAACUCAAUUGUAUCAUUCAUCACAUAAAGUGGGUCAUUUUUUUCAUGGUUGUGGUGAAAAAAUAGAAAGUAUAGGGAAAUAUAGUUUGUAUUAUUUAUAAUGCAUUAUUUUAAUUUUAUUUAUAAUGCAUUAUUUUAAUUUUAUUUAUAAAAAAAUUUAUUAUUAUUAUGAGGUAUAGUUUUUAAUCCAAUUUAUAAUUAAGAGUAGUGAGUAUUCCAGUUUUGCAAUGUUUACUUGUUUAUUUCAAAUUGAGUGAUUGCUUUGUCAAAUGUUAUCAACAGAGGAGAAAUAGUUUACUCCAUUCCAGCAAAGCAAGGGCAGAUGAACUUGACAAAAAAUUUCCAAAGGUAGUUUUAUUCCUUUUUUCUCUACAGUUGAAUUUCCAGUCUAUAUUUUUUUGUCAAGCCUUGUCUACUUAUGUUUGUUUUUAGUGCAAUGCUGUCAGUGUCAAUUUUAGUCUUAUCUGCAUCUGCUUGUGUCAAGUGCUGUGCUUUUUUUACUCAAAUGUUUGUAUUAAGUGCUAGCUAAGCAUAUACCAUUACAAAAAUAACUUAUUUUUAAUUACUUAAGCCUUAAGCAGAUCUAACAGUACUAACAGGUUAAAUCAUCUGCAAACUAUCAAGAAAUAAAAGCUCAAAAAUUAUUUAACAGUGUUUUCAUUUGCAUUCCUUAUCAUAGCGAUAUUUAUGUUUAACAAUUUCAGCUAGAGAUGCCUCAACUUCAUUGUUUUACAAUGGAUUUAACCAAAAAGCCACCAGACCCUGAGGAGGUAAAGUUAAGCACUAAUAAGAACAUUUAGAAAAUGACUUAGGUUGUUUACAACUUUUAUUAAAUUUUAAUGCUUUCAUAGAUGUUGGAGUCCUUUAAAAAUCAUCAGGUGUAAUCCACUUUCAAUAAAGAUGUUAAGGAUUCUAAAAUCAAGUCAUGAUAUUUUUAACAGGUCAAUGCAAAGCUUUAUGUGACCUUCUUGUAUAUAUUGAGGGCCAAUGAUCAAUUUAUUGAUCAUUCUGGCUCCUAUGACCUGACAUCAGUCAACAAACAGUACAAAGAUAGAAUAAAAUUGAAUUGAAAAUAGAAAAAAUUUAAAAUCAAUGUCAUGUCAUGAUAACUGAUAUCUGGAUAUUCAGGUUUCUACUGUACUACUGUGAGCUAUUCAUGUGUCAUCAGUGUAAAAAAUAUUACAAAUGAAGGCAACAGUAAAGUAUAGCCUAAAUUAGAUAAAAUAUGUAACUAAAAACUUCACAGAAUAUCCACAAUAAGUCAUUUUAGCAAAAGCCGAAGUAUAUUCAAGCUACUAAUUCAUAAAACGAUAUUUGUUGUCUUAGUAAACACCAUAUAUAAAAAAUAUUAUUAUAAGUUCAGCUACACUGCUGUUAACAAAAGUUUUCAAUUAAAUACUUCACACUGACAUUAAGGUUACAUGUCAAAAAUCAGGUCCAAAUUGAUGAAGAUUUAAAAAUGAAAGAAAGAGAAAGACGGAGAAUGGCUAGAACCAUCAACAAAAUGUACCAACUGGCAAUGAGUAAUUCUGCUGUUACAGCCAGGUAAAGUCUCAUUAUACAAAAUAUAGAUGUUUAAAUGCUAUGCCACACAUUUUCUAACUUUGAUAAAAAUAAAAAUAUCAGAUUGCAUUUGAACUGUGAAUUUAAGUAUUAUGAAAAUAAAAAUACAUUAUGAAAACAUAAAUAUACAUUAGAAGUAAAGUAAUUUUCAAACUCUAAAGGGCUUUUUCUUUAUAUCCAGAAUAAUGGGUCAGCAUGAUGAAGAUGAUAUGAACAUGUUGAUUAAUGGACCAGACUUGUGUGAUGUGGUAAGAUGUUAUUCCUCAACAUGUUCUGAAAUCUGUUUAACUUGCCUAGAACUAACAUUUUCUGCUGAAAUGUUACAAAGUAUCAUGCCGCAAAACCCUUAAUUAUAAUUGAUGUAAAAGUAUUAGUGUAACAUUAUUAUGUAAAUAGUUUUUUGUAUUAUCACAUUGUGCUUUUUAUAAAAAGAAUGAAAUUUAGAUGGGGGGAAAAAUUAAAAAAACUGACACAAAAAAAAGAACACUAAAAUUAUUUCAUUUUAUCUAUUUCUAUUAGCAAUGAUUUAUUUUGUCUACACAUUUAUAUCAAAGUGAUGACUGAAGCUAUAUAAAACCAUGUAUAAUAAUAAUAAUAAUAAUAUCUUCUUAAACACAUAUAAUCCGCUACCCAUAUUAAUCCUUUUAUAUAGAUAGCUGAUCACCACUGGAUGCAAGCAUAUGGCCUUCAUGAUAACUCAGCAAGGAAUAUAUCCCAAGAAAUGGAGGAACCACAUCAAGGUCUGUCACUGACAGAAUCAAAGCUGCAGCCACUACCAGGUAUAUCUAGUAGACAAACCACAGCUUCCUCCAUUAAAAGUCGAUCAGUAUCAGCCUCCAGAAAUGGGUCUCCUGCAGUGGAGAGGUAAUAAAAUAUUGAUUUCUUUUUAAAAUGUAAACCAGUACUGCUUUGCUUUAAUGGAAAGUAUGUAUUUAUAUGUUUCUAUAAAAAAAUAAGUAUUCUGCAAAUUAUUAUUGAAUAGCUCUUUAACGAUCCAUAUUACUGCCUUUGUUAUGGUCCAAUAAUAGAAUAAUUUCAAUAGAUUUAUAUAAAUAAAACAGUACAAGUCAUUAAUUCAUGAGUUAAAUUGAGCCCCUGGCUGACUUUGGAUAAGGGGAUUGUUCUUUCGUGUAUAAGCCAACUAUGAACAGGGAAAUAACUCUGCUGUGAAUCUCUGGCAAUGUUUAAUUUUGAGGAAUGCAUCCAAAACCUAUCAUGAGAUUUUUCCUGAGCCUGUGAACAACGGCUUGACUAUCAUUACUCGACCAAUAAUUUUUAAAUAUAUGCAUUUUAAAAUAUAGAAUUAUAAUAUUAAUUUAAUUAAUUAUUCCCCCUACAGCCCAACUGAACCAGAUGAAGAUAAGCCUAUGCUUCCUUUGACCAUGAAUGAGAUCAAAGAAAAGUGUAACAUUGUGGUAAGUGAAAUGUACUUUCUGUUACAGCACCGCUUCCUGACUCAUGGGUUAUGUCCCUAAAGGGGGUUGUGAAGAGUUCACUGACUGAAACACUAGACUAAAAGUAAAAGAUUUUUAAAGCAAUUUUUAUUUUUUUAAUUGGUGCCUUUAAGUUAAAGAUGUCUAACAUCAUUAAACUCCAAUUUGAUUCUGCACAUCUCUGUGAGACUGGAUUUUCAAUGUUUUUUCAAUGUCUACAUUUGAGAGAGAGAGAGAGAGAGAGAGAGAGAGAGAGAGAGAGAGAGAGAGAGUGAGUGAGUGAGUGAGUAGGUAAAACUUGAGUAUGUAUGAGGUUGGUAUUAACUAAAUCUCAACAGCUUUGUUUAACUUUAAAGGCUUGUAAGCAAUGGGAAUUUCAGUCACCACACAAAUUUGUUUCCUUCAUCUUCUGCUCCCUUUGCAUUUAUAAGGAAUAAAGAUUGGGAACCUAUGUUGUACAAAUUUAGUUUCUAUCACUGAAUUGUUUUGAAGAACACAAAACACAAAUGACUGGUCCUUACCCUGCUCUGUAAUUUAAACUGCUGCCAAAAUACAUGCCCAUAAAUUAAAUGAGAUUGCUGUUGUUAAAGAAAUGUUGGAUCAGGCUUAUUAUAAACUAUUUGAUAUUUAAAUAGCAAUAAUAAAAGAAGACAUCAGGGAAAAUUUGUAAUUAGGUGUUAAGAAAUAUUUAAUUUUUUUAAAAUGAUUUUUUCAGGAGGCCAAAACAUUAAGCACUUUGUGGACAAACUACCUUAGAGCUGGGAAGUGAGACAUCUUUUCUUAUAAAUAAAAACUUAUGAGAUGGAAGCCAGCAGUCAAGACUGUAAAAAUAUAGAUUUCAUGUCAAAUUAAUUUAUUAAUGGUUAAAAAAUGUAUGUUCUUUAAAAAUGGGAAUUUGAAAAAUAAAAGUUAGUUUAAAAAUAUACUUUCAAUUUCU